CGGAGAAGUGAAGGGAAUUAGCUUGCGGCCAUCUUGGUCCUUCAUAAAUAUACUAUAUGUAGACUCAGGCUAUUCACCCGCCGUCGUACGGCGUCAUUUUAACACAUUUGUGAAGGAAGCCUUGCUGCUUGCUGCAUUUACUUCUGCGUCGCGUGACUUCGAAUAAGUUGUUUAAAGCAGUGAAAAAUAAUAUAUUUUAUAUUAUUCUUAACAAAAUGCCCGAUUGUUAUGCAAAAGAUUGCAAGAGUCGGUAUGGUGAAAAUCGAAAAAAUCAAUUCCAAUUACAAUGGGAGCACAUUCACGGCAUAAAGAUCUCAUUUCACAGAAUACCAACGAACUUAGAAAAGCGGAAACAAUGGCUGGAUGAAAUGCAACUAAACAACAGUGAAAUACCAAAAAAUGCAACGUUUUGCUCACUUCACUUUCAGGAAACCGAUCUGGAUCGAACGUCGCUAGCUUGUGUAAGAGUUAAACCUGGUGCUUUGCCACAUAAAAAUGUGGAAAUUGAUAACAGAGGACUGGCUACCAAAGGUGUAAAAUUGUUUAAUAACAAUUCUCUCGACAUCAAUCAAAAUCAUGAUGAUACCGAGCGGAAUUGCAGCACACCUCGUCGUCAAUUAAAUAAUCGUCCAGAUUCUUUGGAUGAUACACCUCGGAAAAGGAUGCUCAGGACUGUGCUCAAAAAUACACGAGAGCGUUACAAGAAGAAAGUGAAAAUUCUACAGCAGAAACAGCGAAGAUCAACGAAGCACAUUGCGACAUUAAAGGAAAUAUUGAAGUCUUUGAAACAAAAGAACCUUCUUAACGCCGAACAAGUAGAUGUUUUAAAAGACUUGGGUAUGUUCAAUCAACAAUUAUUAAAACGUCAAAUUAGCCGUAUUAAAAAAUCUCCCGGAUCUAAAAUGUAUGAGCCAGAAUUAAGAAUAUUUGCAUUAACAUUGCAUUUUUAUUCCCCACGCGCUUACACGUAUGUUCGGAAAAAAUUUAAUACCGCAUUACCACAUCCUAAAACAAUUUGUAAGUGGUAUAAGUCAGUUAAUGGUGAGCCUGGCUUCAAUAAAGAAGCAUUAGAGUCGAUAAAAACUCGUGCUGAGCAAGUCGAUUAUCCACUUUUUGGUGCUCUCAUUUUUGAUGAGAUGUCAAUAAGAUAUAGCAUAUAGAAUACGACGGGAACAAAUAUA